CCUAAGGUCCUAUAUAUUGUUUACAUUCACACAUUAUGACAUAACCUCAAAAAAAAAAAUUAGAAUAUGAAUGUAAUAAAAAACAUUCCUAAGCCCUUGCUGAUAGGUUCGGCCCUAUGUGCCACCUACGGGUUCGCCACCCUUUUAAAGGAAAAGAGUGGUGGAGACAGAUAUCAGGGCCCUAAAGAGGCCCAUAAUAAGGUGGUUAUCGUCACGGGGGCAAACACGGGCAUAGGCAAAGAAACUGCUUGGGAGUUGGCCCGCAGGGGGGCCAAAGUUUAUAUGGCCUGCCGAGACAUGAACAGAUGUGAAGAGGCUCGCAAGGAGAUCGUCCUUGAUACCAGGAAUAAGUUUGUCUACUGUAGACCCUGUGAUUUGGCUUCUCUUGACUCGAUCAGGAAAUUCGUUGAAGUUUUUAAGAAGGAACAGCAGCAGUUGCACAUUUUAAUUAAUAAUGCGGGGGUCAUGAGGACCCCAAAGGGAUCAAAAACUGCAGAGGGUUUCGAGAUGCAAUUGGGGGUCAACCAUUUGGGGCACUUUCUCUUGACCAAUUUACUGUUGGAUGUUCUAAAGGCUUCUGCCCCCAGCAGGGUCAUUAAUCUUUCCUCAGUAGCGCACAAAAGGGGCACCAUAAAAAAAGACGAUUUGAAUAGUGAUUUGGAGUAUGACCCCGCCAAGGCUUAUGAACAAAGCAAGUUAUGUAACAUUUUAUUCACUAAAGAGUUGGCUGUGCGAUUGAAAGAUUCUGGAGUGACGGUUAAUGCAGUUCAUCCUGGUAUAGUGGACACGGAAAUCGUACGUCACAUGCCCUUCUCCAAAAGCUUUUUUGCAAAAGUCUUCCUUAAGCCCUUGUCGUAUCCGUUUACUAAAAAUGCCAGGCAGGGUUGCCAGACUGUCGUUUACUUGGCAUUAGAUCCGGAAGUCUCGGAGGUCACCGGGGAGUAUUUCGUCAAUUAUAAACGGGAGGAGGCGCUCGAGGACGCGGAGUUGGGAAAGUGGUUGUGGAAAGUCAGCGAAAAAUGGACGAGAUUAAAUAAUAAAUAGUUUUAUUGUUAAAA